GGUCUGUCAGUUUGUAAUAGUCCGGGUCGUGUGACAUGCACAAGGUGUAACUUUGGCCUGCAGUAUUUAAAUAAAUUGAUGCAAUAAAUAAAGUAGCCUAAUGGUUGUGAAAUUAUAAUUAAAUCUCUGCUUUUUUGAAUGGAUCCUUCUAUAUCUUGGUUUCAACCGGAACAAGAGGGACCUGCGAAACUAUUGUGGCUUCGAAUUUGGCAAACUCAACAAGAACUGGAUAAUAUGAACCUAAAAGAAGGUGAUGGUGAUAUGGAUCCUAUAACAAACGGUUUUAACACACAUAAUAAUCUAAUCAUGAAUGGGAAAACUGAUAAAUGUAACAACUUCGCUCAGAGGCGUCGUAAAGAUAAUCGUCCCAGCACCCGACCCUUAAACCGUAAAUCCGUAAGUGAUUGUGGGGGAUGCCCAUGGAGACAACCAAAGUUUCCGUAUCACAGAGGAGUUAUGGGAUUACAUCAAGAAAUGGAACAUUUCUACCAAUAUAUGAGUCCCACCGAAGCAGAGGACAAAAUUCGAGCAGAAGUUGUUGCUCGUAUAGAAAAAAUUAUCAUUUCGAAGUGGAGUGAGGCGAAGGUUGAAAUUUUUGGAUCUUACCGAACAGGUCUUUAUUUACCAACUAGCGAUAUAGAUCUCGUGGUCAUAGGGAAAUGGACGAAUUUACCUCUACGAACCUUAGAACAAGAAUUUUUAGAGAAAGAUAUCGCGGUGGAGAACAGCAUCAAAGUACUGGAUAAAGCGUCGGUGCCAAUCGUAAAGCUGGUCGACAAGAAAACCGACAUAAAAGUGGACAUAUCAUUCAACAUGUGUAACGGAGUGAAGUCCGCCGAACUUAUAAAAACUUACAUUGAAAAGUUUCCAGUGUUGCCGAAGUUAGUGUAUGUACUGAAACAAUUCCUGUUAGAGAGAGAUUUGAACGAAGUGUUCACGGGUGGCAUAUCGAGUUACAGUUUGAUAUUAAUGUGCAUUAGUUUUCUACAAUUACACCCCAGGCAGGACAGUCUUCGGAAUUGUGCCGCGAACUUGGGCGUGCUGCUUAUCGAGUUCUUCGAACUCUACGGCAGGAAGUUUAAUUACAUCAACACGGGCAUCCGCAUACGGGACGGCGGUAAAUACAUAAACAAGGAGGACAUGCAGAAGGAGAUGAUCGACGGACACAGGCCUAGCAUGCUGUGCAUAGAAGAUCCACUUCAGCCGUCGAAUGACAUCGGGAGAAGCAGUUACGGCGUUUUACAAGUGAAAAGGGCCUUUGAAUAUGCCUAUACCGUCAUAACGAACGUCAUCCACCCUCUGUCCUUGUACAACAAUUGCUCCAACUCGUCCAUAUUGGGCAGAAUCGUCAGGGUUCGUGAGAAGGUUAUACAGCAGAGGCAGUGGAUAGAGGACACCAUAAGGAACAAACCGUCCCGCUCCUCGAGCACCGGUUCUACGUCGAGUGCGGAGGAAAGCGCCGUUAGUUCUGAGGGGUCAGACGCUCCAUCUCGUGACAAUUCCCCCAACAUGAAUUACGGCCCGCAGCGCCUAACGCCACAAAAAAGCAACAUGACCUGGAGGAACAAAACAAGGUACCGGAGCAACAACCACAACUGUAGUAAUAACCACAACAAUCACAACAGCUAUCAGGCGACGACAACCAAACGUAAAAAACAAACAAAAUAAUGAUAGUGCUUAUCCUCGUAGAGUAAGUCUAGACUGUACGACUAGGCAGUAAUUCUUGUUUCGGUUAAUUCUUGAAUAUGCCUGGUGUCUUAGUUGUAGGACUACUUAUUUAAAUGAACCUUCAUGACAGAAAAGACUGCGUCUACCAUCAUGAUUAGAUUUACCGUAACUGUCUUGCGUUGACGUACAAAUUCCACAUUCUAUUUUUUCGCCGCCCGCGUGGUUUUGGUCUUCAUAUUUUUUAUAUGGAUGUUCGUGCGCAGUGUGCAGUAUUUUUUUUUAAUGAUUAAAAUUUUAAAAUGUUAAAAAAAAACAAAAAAAUAUAUAAAACGUACGUUUAAAUAUGUAUAUAGAUUGCGGUAGUAGUUAUUUACUACUAUGGUUUUUUUUUAAAGUUGGACUUUCUUAAUUGUACAUAGACUUAUUUUUUUUCAAGUGGGAAAACGACGGUCUUCUUAAAUUUUUCAUUUCACGGUUUACAAAUCCAAGGGUUUGCUAUUUAAUACAAAGUGCAAAUACGGUUUUCCUAUUUCUUGAAUAUUUUAUUUAUAAAAAACUUUUUGUAAAAUACAAAAAUGAAGUUUCGUGAUUGAUGAUUUCACUGUUUUUGCAUUACAUUAUUUGUAUUUGUAUAUCUACCGACACAAGAUUCAAUGCAGAUUCAAAAUUAAACGUCUAAAUUUUACAUCAGGAAAUUUUCGGUAAAAAUGAAUGCUCGAGUUAAAAAAAUUAAAUACGUUAAAUGUCAGGCUAAUCUAAUUGAAUAUCGCAGAAAAACAUAGAGCUAUUAAUUUAAUUGGCAAAUUUGAUAUAUCAAGCGUAUAAUUGUUUAAAAAAUUGAUCAGACACGUUGAUUAUUAAGCUGCACAUUUUUUUAUAAUAAAAUAAAUAUAUAUAUACAGGGUGAUUCAGGUUUAAUCUGGAUAACUUCAG